AUGGGUGAUUUUGGGGUCCGAAGAGUGGAACCAGUUCAUACCAAGAUAAAGAAUGUCCCCAUAGCUGUGACUCCGGAAGGGUUCUGGUGUUGCCCAUCUCCAGUGGUCUUCCAAAAGACGCUCAAGAGCCAAAACCACCAAAGCAGGCGCAAACCUUCCCCCUCUCCGGCACCACCAUUGCCGCCCCCGCCGCCGGCGUCAGGAGCAGUAGCGGGUCACAAGCACUCUGCCCAGAGAACCCAGCUUCCCACGGCGGAGAAGAAGCACAGCUCUCCAAACCCAUCAGGGUCGCCGGCCGUCGCCGACGACCAGAGAUGCUCAAAGCCGGAGGCCCCCGCCGUGAGCCCACCGGCGCCGCCGCCGAAAGCUCCGAAACCGAGCACAGAGAGUCUGCCGCAGAAGAUAUCCGUCGGAUUCGGGCACCCCGACACAAGCGACCUGAAGGUCGUUCUAUCAGGGAAGGAGGGCAUCGCCGUGAGGAUGAGCGUCCACAAGAACGUUCUCUCCGAGAACAGCGUCUUCUUCGCCGGCAAGCUCUCCCGGCAGGCUCCCCUCGCCUGCAUUGACAUCGGGGACUGCGAGGAUGUGGAAAUCUACGUCGAAACCAUCGGAUUGAUGUACUGCAAGGAGAUGAAGCAGAGGCUGAUCAAGCAGAGCGUCCCUCGUGUUCUUCGCGUUCUCAAGGUUCGUCUACCCUCUCUCUCAAGGCUCGCCUUCAUCUUCUUCCUAACCUAACCUAAAUUCCAUGGAUCCCCCCAGGUUGCAGAGUCUCUGGGUUUCCGUUCUUGCGUGAGGUCCUGCCUGGAGUACCUCGAGGCCGCGCCGUGGGUGGGGGAGGAGGAGGACAGCGUGGUCUCCUCCGUGCGCCGCCUGCAGAGCGGCGGCGCCGACUUCGGCGUGAGCCCGAUUCUGAAGAGGGUCUCAUCUGACAUAUCCAACCCCCCCAACGACACGCUCGCCCACAUCAUCGAGCUGGUCCUCAAGAGCAGCGAGGAGAGAGGGCGGCGUGAGAUGAAGGCCCUGGUGCUGAAGCUCCUGCGGGAGAACAGCCUUCUUAUCAGCGGCGCCGCCGAUAUCUGCGCUGAGACCCUGUACAGGUCGUGCCGCCGGUGUCUUUCUUCCCUGCUGCUCCUCGCCGGGCAAGGCGAGGACACGCCGUCGGAGGGGAAGGAGACGGUGGCGCGGCGGGUGGCACUGGAAGCCGACAACUUGCUCUGGAUGGCGGAGAUCAUGGCCGACCGGCACGUCGCCGACGAGCUCGCGAUCAUGUGGGCCGGCCAGGAAGAGCUGGCCGCCCUCCAUGCGAAGCUCCCCGUCGCUUCUCGCCACCCAAUCAGCUGCAUUACGGCGAGGCUCUUCGUGGGGAUCGGCAAGGGGGAGAUGCUUCCGUCGAAGGAGAUUCGGCAGAGGUUGCUGCAGGUGUGGCUGCAGCCGCUGAUCGACGACUACAGCUGGUUGCAGCACGGUUGCCGGACCUUCAAUCGGAAGGCGGUGGAGGAGGGCAUCGGGAGGACGAUACUGACGCUGCCGCUGGAGGACCAGCAGAGCAUUCUGCUCUCAUGGCUGGGGAGCUUCCUCAAGGUCGGCGACCGCUGCCCCAACCUCCAGCGGGCCUUCGAGGUCUGGUGGCGGCGGACCUUCAUCAGGCCCCACAUGGAGAACGACCGCAGCGGGCCACUGUGA